CUGUACGACCAAAGACUGGCUUCGUGGCCUCUUAUCUUGGUAGUACUCCAUUUGUCAAGAAGAGGAGAGGAGAAAAGAAGGAAGCUGCGGUCGCCGUUGCUGACCGGGAGCCGAGCCGCGUACAACGAGAGGGCGGAGCUUCCCAAGAAAUUAAGAGGAAGAAGAAGAAGAAGAAGAAGAGGCCCUGCCGGCCGGCCAUAUGUAUACUCCUUCCAUUUGCUAGCCUUGGCGCUCAGGGCUUCUUGUUUAAUGCCCUCCCGCCAUUUGUGUUUGUUGCGUCUCCAUCGAUUUCUUCUUCUUGGGUUGCUGCAAAUUACUGGAGUAGUAAGAAACAAUUGAGGAGUACGUAGUGGUUCGGCAAUCAAUAAAUGGCAACCGGCGGCGACGGUCGGAGGAGGGGCCGGCGGAGGAGCAAGAUGAGGCUGAGCAGGCUGUACAGUUUCGCGUGCGGCCGGAGACCCACCGCAGUCGACGACGAGAGCACCAGCAGGAUCGGCGGCCCGGGCUUCUCGCGCAUCGUCCACGCCAACGCCAACGCCGCGCGGCCCUCCUACCGCUCCAACUCCGUCUCCACCACCAAGUACAACGCCAUCACCUUCUUUCCCAAGUCGCUGUUCGAGCAGUUCCGCAGGGUGGCCAACAUCUACUUCCUCAUCUCCGCCUGCCUCGCCUACACCAAACUCGCCCCCUACAGCUCCACCAGCGCUGUCGCCCCCCUCGCCCUCGUCCUCCUCGCCACCAUGGUCAAGGAGGCCAUCGAAGAUUGGAGGAGGAAGCAGCAGGAUACCGAGGUAAACAACAGAAAGACAAAAGUGCUCCAGGAAGGUGCUUUCCAUCUUACCAAAUGGAUGAACCUCCAAGUUGGUGAUAUCGUCAAGGUUGAAAAGGAUGAGUUUUUUCCUGCUGACCUGAUCCUCCUCUCAUCUAGCUACGAAGACGCCAUUUGCUAUGUUGAGACGAUGAACCUGGAUGGGGAGACAAAUCUCAAACUAAAGCAAUCUCUAGAGGCAUCAUCCAACUUGCAGGAGGAUGAGAGCUUCAACAGCUUCACGGCUGUAAUAAGGUGUGAAGACCCAAAUCCACACCUCUAUUCCUUUGUUGGCAACAUCGAAAUCGAAGAGCAACGGUAUUCGCUGUCACCUCAGCAGAUCCUUCUCAGAGACUCGAAGCUUCGAAACACCGACUAUGUGUAUGGUGUGGUCAUCUUUACAGGCCAUGACACAAAGGUCAUGCAGAAUGCUAUGAAAGCCCCAUCAAAAAGAAGUAAGAUCGAAAGGAAGAUGGACUGGAUCAUCUACUUGCUUUUGUCUUCACUUGUCCUAAUCUCAGUCAUUGGCUCAGUUUUCUUUGGCAUUGCAACUAAAGAUGACCUACAAGAUGGCAGGAUGAAAAGAUGGUACCUUAGGCCGGACGACUCUACCAUCUACUUCAAGCCAAACAAGGCAGCCAUAUCAGCAAUACUGCAUUUCUUCACAGCCAUGAUGCUGUAUGGGAACUUCAUACCAAUCUCGUUGUACAUCUCAAUUGAGAUUGUCAAGCUAUUGCAGGCUCUGUUCAUCAACCAGGAUAUCCAUAUGUAUCACGAAGAGACCGACACGCCAGCUCAGGCUAGAACAUCCAAUUUGAAUGAGGAGUUGGGUCAAGUUGACACGAUCCUGACAGAUAAAACUGGGACUUUGACUUGCAACUCCAUGGAGUUCAUCAAAUGCUCAAUUGCCGGCACAGCAUAUGGCCGUGGUAUCACUGAGGUCGAGAGAGCUAUGGCAAAGAGAAGAGGUUCCCCCUUGAUCGCCGACAUGGCCAGCAACACCGAAUGUUUUCAAACUGCAAUAAAAGGAUUUAAUUUCAGGGAUGAGCGUGUCAUGAACGGUAACUGGGUUAGCCAACCCCACUCUGGUGUGAUUGAGAUGUUCUUCAGGUUGUUGGCCAUUUGUCAUACAUGCAUACCAGAAGUUGACGAAGAAUCUGGUAAGGUUUCUUAUGAAGCAGAGUCACCUGACGAGGCUGCUUUUGUUGUUGCUGCACGGGAGCUCGGCUUCACAUUUUACAAGAGGACACAGACUGGUGUUUCUCUGCAUGAGUUGGAUCCCUCGUCUGGACAACAAGUUGACAGAACGUAUAAGAUAUUGCAUGUCCUUGAGUUCAACAGUGCCCGGAAGCGGAUGUCGGUCAUAGUUAGGAACGAGGAGGGGAAAAUAUUUUUGUUUAGUAAAGGCGCUGACAGUGUAAUGUUCGAGAGGAUAUCAACCACCAAUAGUGCGUACAGAGAAGUUACCCAGGAGCACAUAAAUGAAUACGCCGACGCUGGUCUGAGAACACUAGUUCUCGCGUACCGCCAACUUGAUGAGGAUGAAUAUGCGAAUUUCGACAUGAAGUUCAGUGCAGCUAAGAAUUCUGUCAGUGCUGAUAGAGAAGAGAUGAUUGAGGAGGCUGCAGAUUUGCUUGAGAGAGAAUUGAUUCUUCUGGGUGCUACUGCUGUGGAGGAUAAACUACAAAAGGGGGUGCCUGAAUGCAUCGACAAACUUGCUCAAGCUGGUAUCAAGAUAUGGGUGCUGACGGGCGACAAGAUGGAGACUGCCAUCAACAUCGGAUAUGCGUGCAGUCUACUGAGACAAGGAAUGAAGCAGAUAAGCAUCACGGGUGGCGGUGACAAAGCGGGGGCUGUUACAAAGGCAUCAGUGGUGAAGCAAAUAAGGGAGGGAAAGAAGCAGGUGGAUGCAUCGGUGCCUGGCGAAGCCUUCGCUUUGAUCAUCGAUGGGAAGUCGCUGACAUAUGCGCUGGAGGAGGACGCCAAGGGCGCGUUCCUGGAGCUCGCAGUCGGCUGCGGAUCGGUGAUCUGCUGCCGCUCUUCGCCCAAGCAGAAAGCUCUGGUGACGAGGCUAGUGAAGGUCGGCACCGGCGGCAAGGUGACCCUGGCGAUCGGCGAUGGCGCCAACGACGUGGGCAUGAUCCAGGAGGCGGACAUCGGUGUCGGGAUCAGCGGCGCAGAAGGAAUGCAGGCGGUGAUGGCCAGCGACGUGUCCAUCGCGCAGUUCCGGUUCCUGGAGCGGCUGCUGCUCGUCCAUGGGCACUGGUGCUACAGCAGGAUCUCCGCGAUGAUCUGCUACUUCUUCUACAAGAACAUCACCUUCGGCGUCACCCUGUUCCUGUACGAGGCCUACACCACCUUCUCCGGCGUCACCCUCUACAACGACUGGGCGCUGUCGCUGUACAACGUCCUCUUCACGUCGCUGCCGGUGAUCGCCAUGGGCGUGUUCGACCAGGACGUGUCGGCGCGCUUCUGCCUCAGGUACCCGAUGCUGUACCAGGAGGGCCCGCAGAACCUGCUUUUCCGGUGGUCCAGGCUGCUGGGAUGGAUGGCGUACGGCGUCGCCAGCGGCGUCAUCAUCUUCUUCCUCACGUCGACGGCGCUGCAGCACCAGGCGUUCCGGCGGGGCGGCGAGGUGGUGGACCUGGCCAUCCUCGGCGGCACCGCCUACAGCUGCGUGGUGUGGGCGGUGAACGCGCAGAUGACCGUGACGGCCAACUACUUCACCCUGGUCCAGCACGUCUGCAUCUGGGGAGGCGUCGCGCUCUGGUACAUCUUCCUCCUCGCCUACGGCGCCAUCACGCCCACCUUCUCCACCACCUACUUCAUGCUCUUCACCGACGGCCUCGCCGCCGCGCCCUCCUACUGGGUGGUCACCCUGCUCGUGCCCGCCGCCGCGCUCCUCCCCUACUUCACCUUCGCCGCCGCCAAGACCUGGUUCUUCCCCGACUACCACAACAACAUCCAGUGGCUGCAGCACCGUGGCUCCGACGCCGACGACCCGGAGUUCGGCCACGCGCUGCGCCAGUUCUCCGUCAGGUCCACCGGGGUAGGCGUCUCCGCGCGCCGCGACGCCAGAGACAUCCAACUCACACCUCUAUAGCCUAGUUACGC